AUGAACGGGCAGCCGCAGCAGCGCACCAUGCUGUACGAGGCGUGUUUCCGCGCCACGUCCAGCCGCCGUGCACGCUACGUCAACAAGACGUGUUUCUUGGUGGCCGUGUUGGCUUCCAUCUUCUUGCGGAUUCCAUACGGGCGCUUCUGGUGGAACCUACUUGAUUCCGUGUACCGUGUCCCGAUGCUUUUUACAGCGCUCUGGCUCGUCCAGCAGGCCCGCGGCCGGGCCCUGGAAGUCGAGUAUUCGAGCGCCAAAUCGUUGGCGCAGCACGUCGCCGUGAACACGGUCAUGAGCGGCCGCUUCUACCCGCUUCUAGCCGCGUUUGCGGCGUCCAGCGGCUUGUUUUUCGCCGUGUUCUUGCCCCAGACCCGACUUCUCACCAACUACUAUGUGUUGGCCAAGGAGUUCCGCGUCAAGCCGGCGGUGAACGACGCGUGGGUGUACUUCUGGUUCCACGGCGCGUUCUGUGCCGUGGUGUACUCGCUCCAGCACGUGGCGUUCCAGCGCCACCGGCUCCCGCUAGCCUACGGCGUGUCCCACGUGACGCCCGAGAAGGCGCUCUUUGCCAAAAAGGCGUUUAUCCUUGGGAACGCCGUGUUUUUCACCGCGUUCUGCUCGCUUGCGGCGCCGGUGCUGUAUUUCUUUGCCCGCCCGCUCCUCUACCGGGCCGGCUGGCCCAUUUUCAUGGCCUGUUCGCUCGACACCGCCAUGCCGCCGUUCCACAUCGGGCUUGCCACGCUUGCCAACGCCACAUACGCGUCGUUGGUGUUGUUCUUGGCCUGGGAGUUUGCCUGCCACGUGCACGACACGUACCUGACUAUCGGCUGUCUCGACGGAAAAACGGCCAUUGGCGCCAAAAGCCCCGACCCGGUAGCCACCUUGCUUUCUGGGUUGCGCGACGUGCGCCCGGAGCACGCGUUGGUGCGGGCCACAGCCUUCCAGGAACUCGCCUACGUCGCCUCGGCCAACGACGCGUACUGCGUGGCCACACGAAACGCCAUUUUCAACGGGCCCAGCCAUCGCCACGUGGCGUGGCCCGCCAUCCUCGACGAGUGUUCGUUGGUGAUCCGCAACACGUCUUCGCGCAUCAACUUCCGCAGCGCCAGCGACAUGGACGCGCUCCGAAACGCCGAGUAUUUGGCCCGGGACGACGCGGCCAUCAGCCUGUCGCCCAAGGACCAGGCGCUUUUCGGCAACUCCCACGACUCGACUUCCAACGACACCACCCAGUUUGCUGUGAGCGCCACGUCCAGCCCGCUCAAGGCGAGCGUGGCCUUCGAGCCGGCCAAGCAGACCGGCUGGACCGCGGCAUUGCUGAAGUACCGCUUGGGCGAGGCGUUUGUGUCCGCCGUGUGGGCCCCCCUCAACCGCCACGUUCGGGCCAUGUACGGCCCCACGACCGCACGCCAGAAGGCGCAAUUCGAGGCCCGCACCACCGCGUGGAAGACCCGCGCAAAGCAGCUCCGUGGUGAGUUCUUGGCGUCCACUGUGGGCGUGCUUUUCCGGACCACGGCCAAGCGGGACGCCGAGUCCCGCGUGCUCAACCCGGCGCUAUACGGGAACGCGGUGCUUGCAUUGUCCGGUCUCUUGAUGCACGCCGUGGAGGAGGACCGCAGCAGCACCGUGUCGAGCGGCCAUAUCAGCACCGUGUUCAACUUGCUCGAGCGGCCCAUCCGGUCGUGUGCCAACUACACAGACGUGUUGCCUGCGUCGGUGUUCCGUUCUCCCUCCGAGAAGCUUCACCUGACCGCCGCCAACGCGCACGUCGUGGCAGUCUUGCGCGACUUGACCAUGGGCGGGUUCUUCCAGCUCUGCGUCAAGUACAACUACAAACUCAACGAUUUGCAGUUGUCGUCGCGCGCGUUCAAGCUCGCCAAAUGGGUCAUCGACGCAUCCGUCGCUCAGCAGCAGGAGCAGGAGAAGACGCAGAUGGCAAUGUACCUUUGA